UCUCACUAAUUUCCUCAUAAUCUGUCUCUUAAUUUGCUCUGUUUUCUCUCUCCACAUGACAAUUUCAAGAAAACAUGCUGACCCUCUUCUUGAUUAGAAUGCUAAAGUUUUAAAGAUUCAAAUAUACCGUACAUAUAUAUACAUGCAUAAAUAUAGGUGACCAAAAUGUCUCUAGAGGUAUAAAGAUUGUAUUUUUAUGAGCUAUAAAGAAAAUCCACAAAAGGGUUAUUGGAAAUUGAAAGUGAAGAUUAGGUUCUUGGCUGCAUUUCUUAAGUAAAUUGCCUCAAGUGAUAGAAAGAUUAGAUUUUUGAGAGAAAAAUGAAGAAAGUACUAUAAGGGGUUUCUUUAUAUAGUUUCUGAAAGUGAAAAAAUAGAGUGGGGGAAGGAAGAGGACUCUAGUGAUGUUUUUAGGGAUUGGUUUUAGGUUUUCUUGUGUUUAGAUGAGUUGGGUAUUGUGUAGAAUUUGGGCAUAGUGGGGAUUCAUAUAGCCGAGUUCAACUUGUUUGGGACUAAGGCGUAGUGAUUGUUGUUUGGGUAUGUAUAGUGGUGAUUCAUAUAAUCGACCUCAAUUUGUUUGAGACUGAGGGGGUAGUAGUUGUUGUUCUUCGGAUGUAGUGGGGAUUCAUAUACCCGACCUUAACUUGUUUGGAACUAAGGCGUAGUUGUUGGUGUUUUGGUUUAUGUUGGAAUGAGAAGAGCAAAACUUGAACUUUUCUGGGAAAUUCUAAUCUUGGGUUGUUGGAGUGGACAGUAAAAUUGCUAUUUUUGGGGGAAAAAAACAAGUUGGUGAAAUGAUAUCUUCAGGGACAAAUUUGGUGAUGACUGUGAUUGGAUUUGCUGUUAGUACCAUGUUUAUAGUAUUUGUGUGCACAAGGCUAAUUUGUGCAAGAAUUCAAUUGAAUGCAAGACGACGCUCUUUCGCAUAUGCUUCUAGAUCUGAUCUUAGUAUUUUAGAGCGUGGCUUACAUGGUCUCGAGCCUGUUGCUGUUGCCAACUUCCCGACAAAGAAGUAUGGGGAGGUGUUUUUUACUUCCGCAGAAGAUGCUCAGUGCAUUGUUUGCCUUGCUGAGUAUCAAAAGCAGGAUUCGCUACGCAUUUUGCCAAUAUGUGGGCAUUCUUUCCAUGCAACAUGUAUUGACAUAUGGUUUCAGCAGCACUCCACCUGCCCAGUUUGUCGAAUAUCUCUACGUGAAACACCUGAAAAAAGGCGAUUCAUGCAACCGUUGUUUAGUUCAGCUAUCCGAUCUCACUUUGAGAUGGACUCCCUGAAUGUCAGUUCAAAUCUUUGUCUAUCAGCUGAGCAGAGGCAUUCCAGCCUGAGAACAGACUCCAACACAGACGCUCAAUGUCCACCCGAGGCUGGUAUGAUGGUAAUCAGAGGAAACAACGUCAUAUCAAACGAGGAUAGUCAGAACACGAAAAACUCAGAGAACAAGCAAGUUGAGAGCCCAUCAAAUGCAUAAGCUUUUCAAGUCAAGACCACAGAGAUUCAAAAAUUUCACAAUGUAGGUAUCGCGUUCAUUCCGUUGCUCAGAUUUUGAUUUUGUUGGUAGAUAACUUACUACUCAUAGCCUUUUGUAAAUAUAGCAAAGUAUUGUUUCUUUCAUUUUUUAGGUACCUUACACUUUGCUAUAUACUUCAGUUUUCAACUUGAAAAUUGGUGGUAAUUUUGUAGAUCAAUUAGUUCAGCUUCCUUUGCUGAGCAAUGUCAAUUACAUAUACAUGUUUAGUAGAACAUAUUCAAUGUUAUCUCACUUGAACUUAUGGAUUGUUAUUUCUUAUUGUG